UGCUUUCUGGCUUGCUGUGGUGCAAUAUGGAAAUACAAUGUGGAAACAAUAUGGGUGGUGGUUUUGUGAGUGCUCCAUUUUAAAGCUGAUCAUGGCACCAUCAUGCCAGUCACAGAGUCUGUGGAGGAUGUUAACCAAGAGAAAGCAACCAAGGAGCCACUGGCACCCGGCACUCCACCUGGAAGGAAAAGUGAACAAGCAAACACCACCGAUGGUUCCCAUGUCAGUUGGAUACCUGCAAUUCUUCCAGACAGUGAAGACCAUCUUAACCGCUUGCAGACCCCUCUUACUACUACUGUUGCCUCUCCUGAUGGUGCCCACCACAAAGACCCAACUCAACCACCUCUGCCUUCAGAUAAUGAACCAGGACAGGGUACUGAAGGCAUCAGGAAUCCUACAGAUACCCCAAGGGAUGAAGUCCUCCACAAGACCACAGCCAGUAUAAUCAAAACUGGUAAUGACUCUCAUCUGAUAGGUACCAUCACAGCCUCCACUGAUGUUCUGGUACCAGAAGAUAUAACCAAGGAAGCAUGGGCAACUCGCAUCUUGGUAACAGCUGUUACCUCUCCUGAUGAUGCCCACCACAAAGACCCAACUCAGCCACCUCUGCCUUCAGAUAAUGAAUCAAGACAUGGCUCUGAAGGCAUCACAAAUCCCACAGAUGCCCCCAGGGAUGAAGUCCUUCACAAGACCACAGCCAGUAUAAUCAAAGCUGGUAAUGACUCUCAUCUGAUAGGUACCAGUAAGAAUAAUGGAUCAUACUCAUUUCUCAUGCUUGUGUGAAAUGAGGCAUUAUUUCUUCUGAAACUUGACUCCUUUCCCUAUCUUUCUCAUCCCUAGAAUCUACAUUCUUAGUGUGGACUUGCAGUGCAAAAAUCUGUGAUAGGAUCUGUCGACAAGGCAUAAGGGUCUCUCUACUGGUACACUUGGUGGUUUCUGUCCUUUGCUGAAGCAUGUUUUUGGGUGACCUGCUAACUAUUCUGCAAGACAUGCACUUUGGUGAUUCUGAGUCCCCAGCCUCAUCUUCCUUUCUUGUGCAUCAGUGGGAUCAGGCUUGAUAUGCUUUGGCACCGUGAUUGGUGUGGUGGAGGUG